AUGCCUAACCCCUCGGUAUCCGACGGACAUCAUGGUACGGAUGAGCCUGCCCCGGACGACACUGCCUCUGAAGGCGGGAGUGAACUGGACGAAGAAUACGACUCAGUCGCAAGCAACGAUCUGCUUGAACUCGAAGCCAUCGAGUCUGGAGACAAGUCCAGUUCCGACGGAGGAGACGAAGACCAGAUCUCCUUCGCCCAGUUUUCUCGGCUGCCCAUCGAAUUACGUCAGCUGAUCUGGGAGUUCUUCUGCCCGGACCUCCUAGGCAACUCCUCCAGCAUGAUUGAGCUUGACCUAAUAAGAACGAAGCAAGACGCCUGCAGCAUCUGGGAGGGCGUGGUCUUGGAACAGCAGACUGCCACAGCCAGAGCUGUACUUGCGACGAACCACGAGAGCCGCACUCUAGCCAUGAAAGCGUACCCGGAUGUCAUCGAGAUCUGA